UCUAUCUUUCACUAUCUAUCUGUCAUGGUUAAAGAGGAGGUUUUUGACCCAGGAUUUAUGGCCAUCAAAAAAGAGGUUAGUGACCCCAGAUAUGGAAUCGAUAGAGUCAUUAAGGAGGAGAUUUAUGACCCUGCAUCUGAAAUCAUUACAACAGGAUGUGAAGGAGAGAACAUUUCAUUUAAAGCGGAUCUUAAACUCAAGGACUGUCCAGAUCUGAAGCACACAGUACAUUUGGGAAGUGUAAUAGUCAAGAAGGAAUUGACUGAGGAGCUGGAGGACAACUACUACUGCAGAAGUCCAAAAGAGGACGCAGUGUCAACUUCGAUCAACAAGCCUUUAAUAAACAGGAUGUUCUGGAAAUAUGUCAGGGAAGAUAUGCAAACAAUCCAAAUCGCAUUGUCUGACUUUCCCAGUCUUCCUCUUGUGAAGAUGUACAUCACUUCAGAAGGUCUAACCCGCGGAGAGUCAAAUGAGUCAAAGAACUGCUCAAGUAAAUCAACCAGAGAUGCAGAGGAGAUUGUUGAACCAACAGCCAUAAUGAUGCUGGAAACAGUCCCCAACAAUACAUCACUUUAUGUAUGCACUCAAUGUGGAAAAAAGUUUACAACUAAACGAAAACUUGAACAACAUGAGAAGAAUCACAGCAGACAGAAGCUUUAUAAGUGUACCCGCUGUGGAAGGAAGUUCACAUCCAAGUUCUUUCUUCAAAGACACGAGUGGCUUCAUGCCAGAGAAAAAACUUACAGUUGUACCAAAUGUACAAUGACAUUCGUGAAGAAAAACAAACUUGAGCAACACUUGCAGAAGCACAUUACACUUGAUUUUUGUUGUCCCGAUUGUGGUGUAAAGUUUAUAGAUAAAGUUAGUCUUGACUACCACCAGAAAGGUCACAUAAAGACAUCUAACCGCUGUACAGAAUGCGGUAAAGGAUUUACAAAUAAGUACUCUCUUAAACGACACAGUAUGGUUCACACUGGAGAGAGACCUCAUAUUUGCAGUGAAUGUGGGAAGAACUUUGUCAGGAGACAACAUUUACAAAUCCAUCAGAGAAUUCAUACCGGUGAAAAGCCAUAUUGUUGCAGUAAAUGUGGAAUGAAGUUUGCAUGGAAACAUCAGUUUCAGAAUCACGACAUUUUUCAUACUGGAGUGAAGCCACACUGUUGUAAGAUAUGUGGAAAGAGAUUUCGUGAGCAACAUCAUCUCCAAUGCCACUAUCAAAAUCACAUGGGGAAGAAGCGGUUUGAGUGCACUGAAUGUGGACAGAGGUUCACCUUGAAGACCAGUCUUCAAAGUCAUGAAAAAAUUCACACUGGAGAGAAGCCCUAUUGCUGUUCAGAGUGUGGGAAAUGUUUCAUACAGAAGAAUAGCCUUAGGCGACAUCAGAUGACUCACACAGAAGACAAGCCGUACUGCUGUGCGGAGUGCGGGAAGCGGUUUAUACGCAACAGUCAGCUUGAGGGGCAUCAGAAGCAGCACACCGGUGUGAUUUUAGUUAAAAUGGGACAUGGCAGCAAGCCUUGAGUGGCAGGCUAAAAAUCAAAUAUGCUUUCAUAAAUUGGAUGGUCACGUAAUUGAACCUAAGAUAAGUUAA